AUGUGUAAACAUAAUUUUAUUUUUGCAACAUCUACUUUUCAUGCCUCAUAUGUUGUUAAGUUCAAUGGGUUCAAUUAUAAUGAGUGGAGUGAGCAAGUCGAGUAUUACUUGGGCGUUCAGAAUCUCGACCUUGCACUCAUGACAGAGAAACCAACUGAUCUCACUGAAAACAGCACUGAUGAGGAGAGGUCUUUCCAUAAAAAAUGGGAGAGAUCGAAUAGAUUGAGCCUGAAAUUUUUACGGAUGACAAUGGCAAGUGAAAUUAAGACCUCAUUUCCCGCCACAGAAUAUGCUAAGAAAUUUAUGAGAUUAGCCAAAGAGACUUCUCAGUCUAAGGUCGUUGACAAGUCCCAUGCUGGGGCACUAAUAAGCAAGCUGACCACCAUGAAAUAUGAUGGUUCUCGUAGCAUGUAUGAGCAUGUGACUAAGAUGUCAAAUAUAGCAACAGGAAUCAGAAAUAUGGGACUGUCUAUGGACAAAAAUUUAUUAGUUUAG